AUGGGUGGAAGUUCAAGACAUAGCUCGCAUGGUUCUCACAGCUCCUCCAAGGGUAGCUCCUCAUCACAUUCUUCCAAAAAGUCAAAAUCUACUCCAAUAGAUGAUCUUGACUGGGCAGACAUCGCAGAUCCUGAAGAGAGACGAAGGGUCCAGAACCGAAUCGCUCAGCGCAAGUUCCGAGAAAAGGCACGAGAGAACAAAGAGAGGACAGAGCGUGAUUCCAGGAAUCAGGAAUAUGCUGGCAACAGCUAUCGAAUCCCCUCCGCCAGUGACUUCAGCUCCUAUUCAGAACCUUCAGGCCUUCCCUGGGGCAGCAUGAACAUUGGCCCCUUUGUCGGGAGAAGCCAAGAAGUUGAGAGUCGACACAGCAGUAGCAGGAGAGGAACACACAGCGCAGACGAUAGCUUUGCGACAGGAUACGGAGCUUCACCGUCCUACAACACACAGUGGUCGCAACAAGCCUAUGGCGAGACCAGUGGUGCAGAUGAAUUCUACUACGACGAUGCCUAUCUGUACAACCCAAGCCCAGAACAAUAG